AUGUCCUCAUUCUUUGAUCUUACACUGGAAUUAUCUAUCUAUCUAUCUAUCUAUCUAUCUAUCACAUUCUGUUCACAUCUGUCUCUUUCUAUCUAUCUCUAUCACAUUGUGUUCAUAUCUAUCUAUCUAUCACAUUCUGUUCACAUAUGUCUCUUUCUAUCUAUCUCUAUCACAUUGUGUUCAUAUCUAUCUAUCUAUCUAUCUAUCUAUCUAUCUAUCUAUCUAUCACAUUCUGUUCACAUCUGUUUCUUUCUAUCUCUAUCACAUUCUGUUCAUAUCUAUCUAUCUAUCUAUCUAUCUAUCUAUCUAUCUAUCUAUCACGUUCUGUUCACAUCUGUCUCUUUCUAUCUCUAUCACAUUGUGUUCAUAUCUAUCUAUCUAUCUAUCGAUCACAUUCUGUUUACAUCUGUCUCUUUCUAUCUAUCUCUAUCACAUUGUGUUCAUAUCUAUCUAUCUAUCUAUCUAUCUAUCUAUCUAUCACAUUCUGUUCACAUCUGUCUCUUUCUAUCUAUCUCUAUCACAUUCUUCAUAUCUAUCUAUCUAUCUAUCUAUCUAUCUAUCUAUCUAUCUAUCUAUCUAUCUAUCUAUCUAUCUAUCUAUCUAUCACGUCAAUCUGUCUUGAAAUCUAAUACUUACAUUACCAAACAUUGUCUAUCACAUUCUGUUCACAUCUCUCUUUUUCUGUCGAUCUCUAUCACAUUGUGUUCAUAUCUAUCUAUCUAUCUAUCUAUCUAUCCAUCUAUCUAUCUAUCUAUCACAUUUUGUUCACAUCUAUCUAUCUAUCUAUCUAUCUAUCUAUCUAUCUAUCUAUAUAUCUAUCUAUCUAUCUAUCUAUCAUAUUUUUCCUUAUCUAUCUAUCACAUUUUGUUCACAUCUAUCUAUCUAUCUAUCUAUUCAUCUAUAUAUCUAUCUAUCUAUCUAUCUAUCAUAUUUUUCCUUAUCUAUCUAUCACAUUUUGUUCACAUCUAUCUAUCUAUCUAUCUAUCUAUAUAUCUAUCUAUCUAUCUAUCUAUCAUAUUUUUCCUCAUCGAUCUAUCACAUUUUGUUCACAUCUAUCUAUCUAUCUAUCUAUCUAUCAUAUUUUUCCUUAUCUAUCUAUCACAUUUUGUUCACAUCUAUCUAUCUAUCUAUCUAUCUAUCUAUCAUAUUUUUCCUUAUCUAUCUAUCACAUUUUGUUCACAUCUAUCUAUCUAUCUAUCUAUCUAUCUAUCUAUCAUAUUUUUCCUUAUCUAUCUAUCACAUUUUGUUCACAUCUAUCUAUCUAUCUAUCUAUCUAUCUAUCUAUCUAUCUUUUGA